AUGUUUGGUUGUCAGCCGACGAGUGUACCGCGGCGAGUGUGUGCGACGGAGUGGUUGGUGUGGCGCGCGUUGCAGAAGGUGUUGGUAGCGUGGGACGUGAUGGAGUUGCCGUUGGACACGGAGGUGGCGUUGGCGAAGAUAGGUGACGUGUGGACUUGUUUCGAUCCUAAGUACAAGAAACAACUGUUGGCUACGACGUCGAUACCUGUGGAUAAGCUACGAUGUGGAAACGUUGUGGUUGAGCCGGAAAAGGUAUGUGGGCAAGUUGAGUAUACGCCCCACUAUCCCCAACGAGUCCCGGUCGAGAGCUUUACUACAGACUCACAACAACGUCUACGUUGGUAUGCACUCCAAAGACAAGACUUCGCCACCGAGCUCUUUCGCCUACGCGGGCCAGAACCCCACACCACCGACCGACUGCUCGAAGGCCACUUCACCAACGCCUGCGGCCCAGACGCGAUCCUCCUCCAACUCUGCUUGCAACACAAGACCCGGGCCAGCACGAAGCAGCGACCGGAAGCCAGGGCCAGCACGAAGCAGCGAUCCGAAACCAGGGCCAGCACGAAGCAGCGACCGGAAGCCAGGGCCAGCACGAAGCAGCGAUCCGAAACCAGGACCAGCACGAAGCAGCAACCCGAAGCCAGGACCAGCACGAAGCAGCGACCGGAAGCCCGGGCCUACACGAAGCAGCAACCGAAGCCAGGACUGCCACGGA